UACAGAUUCAAAAAAAAAAGAAAAAACUUCAAACGUACCGAUUUAUAACUGCAAAAGUAUUAAGAUUUAAAGCAAAUUAGGAACAACACCAAAAAUAGAAAAUAUGGAAGCAUUUAAAAAACAUCUGCACGAACAUUGUUACUACCAGGCCUGCAAGACAGUUGUUCUAAAAUAAAAAAAAACAAGCAGUCGUUGUGGCCUUAGGUCUCUGAAGUUAAGUGGUGACAACAACACUGUCGCCGCUGACACUGGCACUGACACAUUGGAUGCAGCUCAAGAGCAGCACCACAAAACAUUAGCAACUAAGUCAAUGUUAAUCUCCAAGUGCCAGCAUCACUAACGACAAAUAACACUACAAGAACAACAGCAACAAACAGGAAUCUAUCUGGUGAGUGGUCCCAGUCGUCAUCUCGUGGUCCCAGUCGUCCUCGUCAUCGUCAUCAUCAUCAAUGGCAGAUGUUGCAGUAACGGUAAAAUAGAUUUAAAAGCAAUUUACGCCAGCAACGACAACGUCUAUAUUAGCCAACAUCAUUGGAAAAUAUUGCUGGAACAACUUCCGUGCAGAGGAGGCAGAAGCGAGAGGUUAGCAAAACAUAAAUCUCACUCUCACUCCCUGCGUAUAAACGUUUCCAUUACCAUUGACUAAUAUGCUAGAUCUUAACAUUCCCACGGUGAAUACAAUCUCCGCCACCAUUUCACCCUAUGAUGCUGAAAUAUUUCAACAGAAUCGUCAUCACAUUGCCGAGACAGCAGCAGCUAAAAUGUCAGCAACAAUGUUCGAUACUCCCCCGACCACACUGCCUCUACCACAGGCUGAGAGUGGAAUUAAUCUAACACAACAGCUGACGGACACACUGCUGGACCCCAUGGCAACGGCAACGGCAACUGGUGGCACGACCUCAUCGGCCUCAUCCCAGUUAUAUCCCUUGGUAAAUGUAGCUAGCAAUUUCGUUUACGAUUGGUGCAAUCAAUCGUUGUAUCCACAGUCAUCCUCUGCAGCAGCUUAUUUCGCCUCCAGUGACGGUAGUUCAAAUAGUCCAAGUGGUUACAACUGUUCGCUGCUCACGAGCACAAAUGGCUGGAAUACAUCGAGUAAUGAUACAUAUAUUGACAUUUCCUUCAUAUUGCCAUGGUGGCGCCAGGUCCUGUGGAGCAUCCUGUACGGUGUUAUGGUCAUUGUGGCGACUGGUGGCAACUUAAUCGUUGUAUGGAUUGUCAUAACAACAAAACGGAUGAGAACUGUAACCAAUUACUUUAUAGUGAAUUUAUCAAUAGCCGAUGCAAUGGUGUCGAGCCUUAAUGUCACGUUCAGUUAUAUUUACAUGCUGGACAAUAAUUGGGCUUUCGGACAGCUGUACUGUAAAAUAUCGCAAUUUAUUGCAACUCUCAGCAUAAGUGCAUCGGUAUUCACUCUGAUGGCGAUAUCAAUCGAUAGGUAUGUGGCCAUAAUGAAGCCUUUGAAACCACGUAUGAGCAAACGCAGUAAUUUGGGUAUUGCCGCCGUUAUCUGGAUAGCCUCGGCCAUAAUAUCGUGUCCCAUGCUCUUGUUCUACACCACCGAGGAUAUUUCCAGCAAGGAUGGCAUACGGACGGUUUGCUUUCCUGAAUGGCCGGAUGGUACAAUGAAUCAUUCCAACCAAGAGUACAUCUACAACAUAUUAUUUAUGAUACUCACAUAUUUUCUACCCGUCAUAUCAAUGACCGCAACCUAUUCGCGUGUGGGAUUGGAGCUGUGGGGUUCCAAGGCCAUUGGUGAAUAUACACCGCGUCAGGUGGAGAAUGUAAAAAGUAAACGUCGUGUGGUUAAAAUGAUGAUGGUUGUGGUUUUAAUAUUUGUCGUCUGUUGGCUGCCAUUUCAUGCAUAUUUCAUUGUGACUUCCUGCUAUCCGGCCAUCACUGAGACACCCUUCAUACAGGAGGUGUACCUGUUCAUAUAUUGGCUGGCAAUGAGUAAUUCCAUGUACAAUCCGAUUAUAUACUGUUGGAUGAAUUCGCGGUUUCGCUUUGGCUUCAAAAUGUUUUUCCGCUGGUGUCCAUUCGUUCAUGUUGGCGCUGAAAGUCUAAAUCGUCGUGAUAACCUGACAUCACGUUAUUCAUGCUCCGGUUCACCCGAUCACAAUCGCAUCAAACGUAAUGAUACUCAGCGCUCGUUUCUCUACACCUGCCCUGGCUCACCAAAAAGUCGUCGCAUUUCCCACUGUGGUAUCCUUCGUAGUUCAACAAUUUUAACAACUCACCGUGACAGCAGCCGCCACUCAGCACCCAUAACAACUACAACAACAAUGGUCCCAAACACUUGUAAUAUAAGUGGCGGCAAUUAUUCACAGCAUCACCAACACCAUCUACAUCAUCAUUCGCAUCCACAUCAUCACGGUUCGUAUCACCAACGGAACAGUGUCAAGUUGGCCAACAGUGUCAACAAUUCCCAUGAAUUGGCUUCGUUGACCGGUAAUGGACCCCUGCACUUGUAUGCGGCCAACAACUCCAAAGAAAAGCUGCUAAAAUCAAAUCUACGGCCGAAUGGUAAAUGGACAAUGGCAACAACAACAAUAGCGGCGACAACGGGGACACCGGCAACGAAUGAGAAUGUGGUUGGGACAUGUCCGACGGCGUUUAAUGGUGUAAGUGAUACAAAUUAUUUGGCCAAUCGAACGGCUUUAAUGUCUUGACAAAAUGGAGGAGGUUGCGAGGUAGAAGUGGACGACGGCGACAAAGCAGUAAAAGAUCUUUAUAAUGGUGGCAAUAGCAACGGAAACGGAAGUCUAUUCUAUACCAGUUCAACAUUGACAAAUGGCACGGGCACCACUGCUGCUGCUGCUGCUGCCGGCAUCCCCGCCAAUUCGAACUCUUCAUUAUUGCUGUACAAUAAUUCAAGUAAUGAUUAUGACAGGCAAAGAACUUCGAAUGGCCUAACCUUGGAAGUUGGCAAAGCGAGCAGCAAAACCAACAACAACACAUUCACAUCAAAGCACGAAGCUAUAAACUUGGAUGAUAGAAGUUCUACGGGUGGCGGUGGUAUUAAAAUGCUUUAUUCGAGCAGUACAACAGCAGCAACAAAAUCUAAUACAUUUCAUAAUCAGGACAAAACAUGGCUUUAAGCCAUUCGCAAGAAACAAACUAUUAAAAUAUGCCAACCAACAGAAACAGCGAAAGAGUGUGAGAGAAAGGCAUGUGUCCGUAUCCUUUUGUACAGGACUUGUAUUAGACAACAUUUUGCAAUUGUUCGGCAUCCGAAGUACUACUCGCUAUUGUAGAUGGUAGCUAGUUUCAACUCAAACAGAUUCUGAUAUUCCCUAGUUUUAAGAAUGUAUAGGAAAAUUUUCGCCUCAUAUUUUUUUGUUUAGUUUAAAGAGAUGUAUUUUAAGGACUG